AUGGCUUUGCCGGGUGGUCUCGGCAUAACACGACGCCCGAACAAACAGGACAAGGCCGACCGGGCCGGGGGUGGCGGUCGCAGCGGCGGCGCGGCGCGACCGAAAAAGGCCAUCUUCGAGACGACAAAGAAGAAGGAGAUUGGCGUGUCCGACUUGACGCUGCUGAGCAAAGUGUCCAACGAGGCCAUCAACGAAAACCUGAAAAAGCGCUUUGAGGGCGCCGAGAUUUACACAUACAUUGGCCAUGUGUUGGUCUCCGUCAACCCCUUCCGGGAUCUUGGAAUCUACACCGACGAGGUACUGGACAGCUACCGGGGAAAGAACCGGCUCGAGAUGCCGCCGCACGUCUUCGCCAUCGCCGAGUCUGCGUACUACAACAUGAAGGCCUACAAGGACAACCAGUGCGUCAUCAUUUCUGGCGAGUCCGGUGCGGGCAAGACCGAGGCCGCCAAGCGCAUCAUGCAGUACAUUGCCAACGUCUCCGGCGGCACCGGCACCGACAUUCAGCAGAUCAAGGACAUGGUGCUGGCCACGAACCCGCUGCUCGAGUCCUUUGGCAACGCCAAGACCCUGCGCAACAACAACUCCUCGCGCUUUGGCAAGUACCUGCAGAUCCACUUCAACGACGCCGGCGAGCCUGUCGGUGCCGACAUCACCAACUACCUCCUCGAGAAGACCCGCGUCGUCGGCCAGAUCACCAACGAGCGCAACUUCCACAUCUUCUACCAGUUCACCAAGGGCGCCUCCGACACCUACCGCCAGAACUUUGGCGUCCAGACCCCGGACACCUACAUCUACACCAGCCGCUCCAAGUGCUUCAAUGUCGACGGCAUCGACGACUUGGCCGAGUAUAGAGAUACACUGAAUGCCAUGAAGAUUAUCGGUCUGAGCCAGGCCGAGCAGGACAGCAUCUUCCGCAUGUUGGCUGCCGUGCUGUGGACUGGCAACCUGGUCUUCCACGAGGACGACAGCGGCUACGCGGCCGUCUCCGACCAGUCCGUCGUCGAUUUCCUGGCAUACCUGCUCGAGGUCGAGCCCAAAAAGCUGGUUUCGGCCAUCACCAUUCGCAUCCUGACCCCGCGAAGCGGCGAGGUUAUUGAGUCGCCCGCCAACGUUGCCCAGGCGAUUGCCACGCGCGAUGCCCUCGCCAAGGCCAUCUACAGCAACCUCUUCGACUGGAUCGUCGAGCGCAUCAACCAGUCGCUCAAGGCGCGCCAGGCCACCAGCAACUCUAUUGGCAUUCUCGAUAUCUACGGCUUCGAGAUCUUUGAGAAGAACAGCUUCGAGCAGCUGUGCAUCAACUAUGUCAACGAGAAGCUGCAGCAGAUCUUCAUCCAGCUGACGCUCAAGACCGAGCAGGAGGAAUACGCCCGCGAGAAGAUCCAAUGGACCCCGAUCAAGUACUUUGACAACAAGGUCGUGUGCGACCUGAUUGAGCAGGUCCGCCCCGUCGGUAUUUUCUCCGCCCUCAAGGACGCCACCAAGACCGCCCACGCCGACCCGGCCGCCUGCGACCGCACGUUCAUGCAGUCUCUGAACGGUAUGUCCAACGCGAACCUGACGCCGCGCCAGGGCAACUUUAUUAUCAAGCACUACGCCGGCGACGUCGCCUACACCGUCGAUGGCAUCACGGACAAGAACAAGGACCAGCUGCUCAAGGGCCUGCUGAACCUGUUCCAGGUCAGCCAGAACCAGUUUGUGCACGAGCUCUUCCCCAACCAGGUCGACCAGGACAACCGCAAACAGCCCCCCACAGCCGGCGACCGCAUCCGCUCGUCGGCCAACGCCCUUGUCGACACCCUCAUGCGCUGCCAGCCAUCGUACAUCCGCACCAUUAAGCCCAACGAGAACAAGUCGCCGUCCGAGUACAAUGUGCCCAACGUGCUCCAUCAGAUCAAGUACCUCGGCCUGCAGGAGAACGUGCGCAUCCGUCGCGCCGGUUUCGCGUACCGCCAGACCUUUGAAAAGUUUGUCGAGCGCUUCUUCCUGCUGUCCCCUGCCACGUCGUAUGCCGGCGAGUACACGUGGACAGGCUCGUACGAAGCGGCCACCAGAGAGAUUUUGAAGGACACAAGCAUCCCGCCCGAGGAGUGGCAGAUGGGCGUGACCAAGGCCUUUAUCAAGGCCCCUGAGACGCUGUUCGCGCUGGAACACAUGCGCGACCGCUACUGGCACAACAUGGCGACGCGUAUCCAGCGCAUGUGGCGUGCCUACCUCGCGUACCGCGCCGAGUCGGCCACGCGUAUCCAGCGUUUCUGGCGAAAGAAGCGCGUCGGUGCCGAGUACAUGGUCCUGCGCGACCAGGGCCAGCGCGUGCUCGGUGGCCGCAAGGAGCGCCGUCGCUACAGUCUGCUGGGCUCGCGUCGUUUCCUGGGCGACUACCUUGGCAUCAACGCCUCGACCGGCCCGGGCAGCGUCAUCCGCAGGGCGACCAACAUCAGCUCCAACGAGAAGGCUGUGUUUUCGUGCCGUGGCGAGAUCCUUGAGGCCAAGUUUGGGCGUUCCAGCAAGCCGAGCCCGCGUGUCUUGGUUGUCACCAACAGCAAGUUCUACAUCAUCUCACAGGCCUUUGUCAACAACCAACCGCAAAUCUCGAUUGAACGCGCUAUCCCACUGGGUGCGAUCAAGUUCAUCGGCACGUCCACAUCGCGCGAUGACUGGUUCUCGCUCAAUGUCGGCUCGCCGCAGGAGGCGGACCCGCUUCUGAACUGCGUGUUCAAGACAGAGAUGUUUGUGCAGAUGCAGCGCGUCAUGCCGGGCGGCUUCAACCUCAAGAUCGGCGACUCCAUCGAGUACCACAAGAAGCCCGGCAAACCGCAGCUGGUCAAGGUGCUCAAGGACUCGCAGGUGCCUGUCGACUAUUACAAGAGCGGUGCCGUGCACACGCGUGUCGGCGAGCCGCCCAACUCCAUGCCGCGGCCCACCCCCCCUGCUAAACCCGUGCCGCCACGGCCUAUCACGCGCGGCAAGCUGAUCAAACCAGGUGGACCCAACGGCCGCCCCUCGCGAAUCACGGCCCCCAACAGCCGCAAGCCUCAGCCAACACCUGCCGCGCGGCCUGCCGCCAACUCGUCUCGCGCUGUUCCUCCAAGACCCGCUGCCAGUGGUUCGUCAUCUGCUGCUUCCUCCGCCGCUGCUGGACCCCGUAUCGUCCCCACUCGCCCUAACCCUGCUGCGGUGGCCGCUGCAUCGGCGGCAGCAACCUCGGUGCUACCGUCACACACGCGCACCGCAUCCAACACGUCGGCCGUGCGCGCGCCGCCACCACCACCUCCUCCGCCGGCAGCACCUGCGGCCAUUACGGCCAAGGUCCUGUACGACUUUGCUGGCCAAAAGGACAAUGAAAUGUCCAUCAAGGCAGGACAGAUUAUCGAGAUUGUCCAAAAGGAGAACAAUGGCUGGUGGUUGGCCAAGAUCAGCGAUAAGCAGGCUUGGGUGCCUGCGGCGUACGUCGAGGAGAUCGUGGCACCCCCGCCGGCGUCUUCGCGUCCUGCUCCGCCGGCCCCGCCUCGCCGGCCUAUCGGUGGCACCGGUGCCAGCCGUUCCUCGGCAGCCUCGUCGACGCUUCAGCCGCGUGACUCGGGCAUGAGCCUCAACGGCGGCAGUGCCUACUCGUCGGACGGCAGCCGCACGAACACGCCAACGCCAUCGGUUUCCGGUAGCAUGAGCCUGGCAGACGCACUGCUGGCGCGGCAAAACGCCAUGACGUCGCGGCGGGAGCCGGACGACUGGUAG